UCCACGCUUUAGUUUAACCCUCCAUAAGCAAAUGUAUAAUUAGCUUAUCGCAAGGCGGCAGUAUCCCCUCUUCUCUGUAGCGUGCUUUUCUUUUUUCUGCAGUUCCUUGCUUUUCGCCUUUGGUGCUUGUCGUUUGGAUUUAGUCUUUGCUGAGCCAUGCCUCGGCCCAAUUAUAGUAAGACUUAUACAACCCCUCGUCGUCCUUAUGAAAAGGAGAGAUUAGAUCAAGAGCUAAAACUUGUUGGUGAAUACGGCCUCAAAAAUAAAAGAGAAGUUUGGAGAGUUAAAUACUGUUUGGCAAAAAUUCGUAAGGCAGCCCGUGAAUUAUUGACUUUGCAAGAGAAAGAUCCUCGACGUUUAUUUGAAGGGAAUGCUCUUCUUCGCCGACUUAUUCGACUGGGCGUUCUUACCGAAGAUCAAAUGAAACUGGAUUAUGUUUUGGGUUUGAAAACCGAAGAUUUUUUGGAGCGACGGUUGCAAACUUUAGUAUAUAAGGCUCGUUACGCUAAAUCUAUUCAUCACGCUCGCAUUUUGAUACGACAGCGCCAUAUAAGAGUUGGGAAGCAAGUUGUGAAUGUCCCUUCCUUCUUGGUUCGUGUAGACUCGGCUAAGCACAUUGAUUUUUCCCGCAACUCUUCGCUAGUAGCGGGCGGCCGCUUGGGAAGAAUUAAACGUAAGAAGGCUUCUAAAAAGAUACAAGCUGAUGCUGAAGAUGAUGACUAG